CUCUCUCUCUUCGUCUUCUUCGUCGUCUUCUCAAAUUAGCUAUAGCUUCAUUUCUUUAUCUUCAUCCUCACGCGCAGAUUCCUUGUGGAUAUAACCCUCCUUGAUAUUUUUCUUGAUUCCAUGAUUCCAAUCUAGGCUUUCACGGCUCGUUUGGAGAAUCAUCACUCUCUCUCUCUCUCUCUUCCCGCAUCAAAGUUUCUGAAGAUCUCUGUUUUUUUAUUUCCGAAUCGAAAUUAGAGAAUUAGGGCUUUUACGUUGGGUUCUAGGGGUUUCGAAGAGCAUAAGAUAAUAAUGCCUUCGGUGCCCACUAAGCUUCUCCUCCUUCUCCUUUUGAUUCCUUCGUUGACUCCUUAUCAUUCUGGUCUGUCUUCGCACCGUCUUAAACCUCUUGAAAAGUCUGAUUGGCGUGGUAAUCUUAGUUAACGUUUCCAUCUCCUUCGACCCUUUUCUUCUCUCCUCUUCCUCGUCUUGUCCGUGAAAUUUUCCUAGCUCGAUCUUUGGUGUUUUUCACUUUUUUUUGGCGUUGCUUGAUUUGCAAGUUACAACCCCCACAAAGUUGGAAUAUGAGCUCUGUUUGUGGUAAGUUGGAUUUCAAAGAUGCAGACUUUGACAUCUCCACUUCGAGUCCUCUCACGCAUUCCUCUCAAGCUGGAUCUGAAGAGUCUCAGGAGUCUGAUGGAGAUGAAACUGGUUAUAUAAACCAAACUGAGAAUGAAGGAUCAGUUACCAAGGAUUUAGGCAAAUCCAGUUUAGGUUCUUUACCUCCCAAGUCCUCAGAUGAUGAAGACAAGGAUGAGAAUGUUACUAGUACACCAGUUGUUCUCAUCCCAGCCAUUAAAGGCAGCCGGGAGAAGCACGGGUUGACACUGAAGAAGUCUAAUGUUUCAUGGGCGGAUGACGUGUAUGACCCUCCUCCCUCCAUAGCCUCGCACACAAGAAACAAGAAGCAGCAGCAGCAGAAGUCCAAGAGCAAAGACAACAACCACAAGAAGACCGGAAAGAAAGGUCAGAAGAACUCUUCCUCUCGUAGUGGCAAGGACAAGAAGCAAUCUCCUCGCAAACACAGCCGCGAGAAGUUUGAUUGGGUAACUCAGCUGCCUAUAGUUGCAGCAUCUUCUUGAAUAUAGCUCAUUGGCUGGCUUAUUACCAAAGCACAUCCAUGAGCUUGGCUCCCUCUCUGUCUAAUAAAUAAUCAAAUCACGUUUGUUUUGUGUGUUUCCUGUUUCAGUUUGACUUCAGCUUUUCCUUUGGGUAAUGUUCAAAUACUAAAACACUAUUGUGAAGACUUAGUUGAAGUUUGGUUCUUGUUUUUUUUUCUUUUUGUAAUUUAAGUUUCAUCUUUGUGAAAUAAAAUGGAAACUUUGUUA